CAAAACAAACUACAAAAUUGUGUAAACCAGACUGAUUUCGAAGAAAUUCCUUGUUAAGUAAGUUAAGUAAUUGUUGAUCAUGUCUCUCUUUCCCGCCUAUGGCGGUGGCCAAUCUCCGGCUUUCUCGGUGGCGAAAGAAAUUAAGAAUCCAGAGAAAGAUAAAGAGGCGGGAACAAAAAGUGCGAAUUGGAAGAAUAACGAGAGCUAUAAUCAGAAACAUAUAGCCGUAGAUCAUAUAAAUAUACCGACGCAGUCACCGACAUCGGACAGCUCUACCGACAGCGAGGACUCCUCCGCAGAAGCCUCCGAAAUCCCCAUCAAAGCAAAGGAUGCGGUCAAGGCGAAGCUCCUGGAAUUCGAUGCCAACGAUGAAUUCUAUGUGGACAAGAAUAGCAAUUCGAUGUAUAGAUCCCUGUCCACCCUGACGAAACCCACGCGACCCCGUUAUAAGAGCCGGAUGACCCGUCUCCGGGAUCUGGAAGACAAGACCCGCCGCGAAUCGGGUCGCUCCAAGUUGUCCUCGAAGAGCAGUCGCUACACCGGGAGGAACUAUGUGGACUGCGAGGCCACUCCCUCAACGGAGGAAGUUCGCCGGCUCCAGGAGCAGCUCAUCCAGAGCAAGGUGCUCGUCCAGCGGGAGCCACAGAGGGUGGAGCACUGGCUGGAGCUGCACCGCCUGCUCGAUCUCAAUCUGGACAAGGCCAAUCGGUUGGCGGUGGCGGAGCACCAGCUUCACACCCUGGAAACGGCUUUGGAGCACCAUCCGUCCAAUGAACAGAUCCUGCGGCUCUACACGGAUGUGGCCAACGCCACCUAUCAAGCCAGUGAGGUCGCUGCACGUUUUACAAAGAUGCUGGACAAGAAUCCCUUCGAAUAUACAUUGUGGACUGCGCUGAUCAUGGUUACCCAAGGCAACAUGGCGCGCUGCAAUGUGCCCGCUGUGCUCCGGAUUUACGCUUUUAGCAUGCGCAGGAUGCAUGUUGGACACACCGAUGAACACAGCCGGGAAUUGGCCACCGUGGACACGGAUCGCAUAAUGCUCAAACUCUUCCACAACUGCGUGCUGUUCAUGCGCCAAACAGGCAGUUUGAACAUGAUGUUUGCCCUACUUCGUUUGACCCUGGAGUUGAAUUUCCCGGGAUUGUCGGUGGAUUGCUUUGAGGCGUGCGCGGCAAGUGAAAAACCAUUGAUUGAGUACGAGGAAAUGGUGCUGCGUUCGGGAAUGCCGAUGCCAGAGAUCUGGUCGCGAGUGGAACGACUGCGUCAGGCCCACUGUUACCUGCCCUAUCCCCAACUGACCCACUCGGAGAAGGACGCAGUGGCCGGGGGACUGGACACACAGCGCUGCAUCUUCAGCGACGACGUUGUGGCCUAUGCACAUGCACUUAAGUCGCCGGACAAUCGGUUGCACCUGCUGCUCCUUGUCGUUCAACUAACGAAAAUGCCAUUCGUUCGGAGUGCCUGCCUGGCCGCCAAAUUGAAUCCUCGCAUCGAUGAGUUCGGCGAGUCCGAGGCCAUUGAGAUGCUCUUCGCUAGCUUGGCGGAUAGACACUCCUAUGCCGUGCCCUUGUCGCGAAAUGCAGGCUUCAAUGCAGCCAUGUUGGACUUGGCCAAGGAUAUUUGCGUGACGCCCAGCUUCAUGCCGCACUUAAUUGGCUACGAAUUGUAUGCGGCCACCAUAAGCAGCCUGCUACUCAAAUGCAGCGAAGCCUUCAGGUCGGAGGAGAGCAAGCGAAUGGUGUUCCUGGUCUUGUGGAUGCGUUUCCAGCGCCUUCUUGUGGUGCUGCAUAAACUUACGGGCAAAUUGACUAAAUCCUAUCGGAAAGAGACACGCCUGCGCAUUCGCAAACAGCUGGCUUUGCCGGAGAAUCGUCGGGUUUUACGUUUCUACACCGAGCUGGCCAUGUGCGAGUUCGAGGGUCUGGAGAAGGACGAUGAUGAGAACCGGGUCUUCGACCUAUUCAAGAAUAUCAUAACCACUGGUUCGCAGAUGGACAGCGACUUCACCAGUCCGGACUUGAUGCAUUCCUAUUUGGUAUGUGCAGAGAUGUUAAUAAAAUGCUGUCGCAGGGACGAGGCAGUCCAUCUGCUCAGCUGUUUGUGCAUGUGCCAACAUGCCGAUUCGCUGACCACUGAAGCGGCAACCGCUGGGAUUGAAACGAGCCUGAAGAGAGGAUUGCAUCUGCUGCAGGAGGAAGUGGCCACCCUCGACACCUUGCCCGCCGAGAUGCCUUUGGAGGAGUACUUCCUGCCCAACAAAUUACUCAUCCUGUUGCGCGCUCGCUGUCUGCUCCUUAUGCUGGAUCUGAACCACUCGGUGGUGGAUAGAAUCCUUGAUGAGCUCCUGCAGCACCAACUUGGCCCCGAGGCAGUUAAGAACAGCGAGAGGCGACGCUUUCUCAGGGAGCAGGUCAUGGAAAUACAGAUCCUGCAGCUGCAAUUGCCCCAUUCCCCACCCGGUGAAGUGGAUCAAAAUCUCAGAGAGACGGCGAAGAAAGGAAACACUGGUGGCAAGAGAACCUCCCUGAUGUCCAGAAGCGCGCAACUGGUGGAUCUAGUAUCUCGUGGACUCGACGAGUUUCCGCGCAAUCUGAUGAUGCUGCAGUGCUGGGCCGGCUUCAAUACGAUGCUGUGGCACAAGCAGCGAGCACGCUUCAUCCGCGCCCAAGCCGGGAUUAUUUCCCUCGUGCACUUGGUUAUUGCCGCCCGGUGCCGCUUUGCGAUGGCAAGCGACAGGGAGACGCUGCCGGGCACUCUGGAGGACCACGUCCAGCUGGCGGUGCGCAAUCGCUUGGUCAGCAUGUUCGAAACAUUCCUGCCAACGAACAAGAAUCGCUCUGAGAUCGAGGAGGGACAGUAUCGACUGCUGCGCAGGAACUCCCUGUACUGGCGCAUGUACCUACAGUGCCUAUCGGACACAAGGACCAGUUUCGAGCGCAGCAAGGAGUGCCUGCUGACUGCAAUGGACGAGUGCCCCUGGGACAAAGCCCUGCUAAUGGAGGGGACCAAGUUUGUGCCGCAGGACAUGCCCCAUCUUCAGGACGUCAUGACCGAGAAGGAGCUCCGCAUCUACGCGCUGCCCGAGGAGCUGGACAUCUUGCGGGAGUCGUAGUAUUUAAUGUUAUAUGUGAUAUGAUAUGAUAUAUUUUUUUAACACCAGCGACUGCCAGAAGUAGACCCUCUAGUUUAAUUUAACUAGUGUAAUAACAUGUACAGAAAAAGGCCAAAAAUAAAUCUUCAUUUACUCUCUAUAAUCGCUUAUCAAAGUUGGCCCACUAACAAGUGUGCUGCGAUAAAGUGAAGUGGGUGAAUCUCAAA